AUGUUUCCCUCAAUAAGGUCAUACCUGAGCGAUUUAAUUAAACCCAAAUUCAUCUAUACUUCUGACAUACCCAAGAAAAUCAGGCAAUUGACCCGAUAUAACCAUUAUGUGAAUGAUUCCCUCCAAUUCAACAUUAAUAUCGAGUUGAAUUCGUUGUUUUUGCGAAAUCCUCAUCUAAAGCCAAUUGAUUUGGUAAAGGACAAUCUCGUAUCUUUGGCAAAGGUAAACAAAAACAAUGGUUUAACUUUAGCUAAUAUUAUCACGAGGACCUACCCGACAAAAAUCACCCCAUGCACUUUGGAUGAAAUAUUUAUUGUCAAUGUGGUGCUCAGUGUACUUGACUAUGAAGUAACACCACAGGGACUACAAUUGGACUUGGCGAAGGAUGAAAACUACGGGUUAUUGUUGUGUGGGAAUUUCCUCGACGAGGUUACACUAUAUAUAAACAAUUGCUUUAUGAGUGAGUUGAACACUCAACAAAGUUUUGCUCAACCGGAGAUUCACACAAAUGACAGCACUUUGGACAAUAGCGAAGAAGAAAACACCAUGGACAAGACUAUAACGUUUACGGAUUUGUCCGACCUUGAUAGAUAUGAUACGUUACACGAACACCACAGCAGUCUUAGUACAAUACCUGCUGCAACUUCCCCUCAUGAAAGCUCAAGUGUGGAAUUCAUACGAAAUCUAAAUAACUUACGACACAAUGAAGAUAUAAGUGAUAUUAGCAGUUCCAGCGACAGCAACGAAUAUAUUGCUGACGAAUCUAUGAAUAAAGACAGUUUACAAAAUCUACUUGAAGUUGAAUGUGAAAAUGAAAGUGAUAUCGAGUCACCACGCAAAUUACAAUCACCGGUAAAGUUGAUCCCCAUAUCGGAAUACGAUGUUAACUAUGAUUUAACUGUACAACCAUCAUCAUUAUCGGCCAUGUCUUCACCAACAAAGUAUAGUGGCAGUAGCGACAACAGACAUAUAUCCAACAAACCUUCAUUUUCCAUGAUUACCAAUCUGGACGAUCCCUCCUUAGAAUAUGCAUUUAGAUCAACUGAUGUUCCUCGGUAUAUCAAGGAAGACAAGAAAUUCAAAUUUAUCAAAGUUGGUAAGGUUCAAAAAUAUGUUCAUUUAUUUGAGGAAAAAAUUGAAAGUGUAAGUCCGUCUGCUAGCACACCAGCCAGUCGAAUUGUCAGCCGACGAGCAAGCCAGUUGAAUAUAAACAAUAAGUCUUUGUAA